AUGUCAACUGAAAUUUCGUAGUUCUUAAACUUCUAAGCUAUAGCUGCCAAAGUGCUCCUCUAGACUUGGGAGUUCCUUAAGUGCCAAAUAUGCCUCAAUCUGGCUGAAAAUCCCAGACGGUGUCAGACUUGCAAUAUCAUCACAUGCUUCGAAUGCAUAACUAAUUAUCAGUAAAACGUAGCGAAAGAUCCAUCAGUUUGCCACAAAGGCUGCAAAUUCAUAAUGUUUUUCCCUUUAGGUCCAAGAGAUUUAAUCUUCAAUUAAUACUUUAAGACUCUUAUCGGGUCUUUGCAGUUUAGCGAAGCACUCUUAAUAAACUAGGUAGGUAAUCAGAAUAAAAAUACCAACAAAAUUGAUCUAAUUAAUAAUGGUGCUGGUGGGUUUGAGCACCAAGUGGGUAAGCAAGCUAAUGACCCUAAUUUUGACCCUUUCAGAUUAUAGCAAAUACCAAUCUAAGAUAGCAAUUCCUUCAAGCAGCAACAGCAACUAUUUGAAAUAAUAAUGAUAAACUAGCUUAAACAGUAUGAGCAAAGUUAGAUUCCCUCGCAGCAAAAUCAAGACUAAUCUUCACAUUCACAACUGCCUCCUCCAUCAUAAGUCAUAGUGAAUGAAGUUUGUGUGCUAUGCUUGCAAACUGUUCCUAAUCACCUGAGGAUAUAGCACAUCGAGGAGUGUAAAAAUGACUAUAGAUUCUGCGAGUAGUGCAAACUCUUCAAACAUAAAUGCGAUGCAUCUCAUAAGUGCUUCUUGCCCUUUAAGAAAUGUCCUAAGUGUGACAUUAGAUACGAGCCUGCACUAUAAGACAAGCAUUAAUGCCUUGAUGAGAUCAAAUAGAUGAUGCUUACAAUGAAGCAAGACUUUCUAAACACCAUUAAGAAGCUAUAGCAGGAAAAUAUAGAGAUGAAGUAAAGACUCAGAAGGAAGGAGGAUGUUAACUUUUGCUGUGGAUGUGACAAGCUUAUCAUCAAGACAGACAAGAGAGUUAAGUGCGCAUCUUGCACUCAGGAAUUCUGCUACUCUUGCGUGGGUUCACGACUAUUUUACUGCUAUAUAUGUGUAGGCUAUGUAUGUUGUGAGGAACCUAAGCAAGCUCAGUUAUGUGAUUUACACAUGACUAAGAGUAAGGAUAGGUUUGGCUAGUUAUUCCAGAGUGAAGCACUAUAACUUGUAACUGAAAACCCUGAGAAUGUCCAGCUAUAGAGUACUAGUUAAAGUCAUCAUCCUGGCAACAGCAAUGUGGGCAGCACUAAUCACACUUAAAACCUAUCUCAGAGAGCUACCAAUAAUAAUGCAAGUGUUGGGGGCAUAUUUGGCAAUCUAGAAACUAACUAUAGCAAUCAGUAGCAGUAACAGCAGUAACAACUGUUUCAAUAGCAGUAAUAAUAACAGUCAAUAGGAGUUGCAUAAAAUAAUAAUAAAAAACCUAGUGCUAAUAAUGGGAAGAGUCCAACUACAGUAGUAUAAAAGUAAAACGGCAAAGCUGGCAGCAAUGGAUCUGGAAAAGAUAAUAAAAAGAAUGGAAACUAAAAUCACAAAUCAAAUUGA